AUGUCGCUACGGGCUGCGCGCCUGUUGGGCCGCAGGCACAUGGCACAGCCUCGAGCGAGCCUUGCUUUUGCCCUUGCUCCUCGCCCCUCGCCCCAGGCGCCCCGAUUCCAGGCGGCCCCAAGAGCCUUUUCCGCCAUUGCCGCUCGCCGUGAGGCCCAGGAUGUGUUUCCCUCGAUGAAGGAGAGCCCGGCCGCCAGCUUCCUCUCGGCGCUCAACGAGACCCCCAAGACGCCACAGACGCUCACCGAGAAGAUUGUCCAGCGACAUGCCGUGGGCGUGGCGCCAGGCAAGGUCCUUCGUUCUGGCGACUACGUGACGCUGCAGCCACACAAGUGCAUGACGCACGACAACUCGUGGCCUGUGGCGCUCAAGUUCAUGGGCAUUGGAGCCACCCAGAUCAGCGACCCCUCGCAGAUUGUCAUGACGCUCGACCACGAUGUCCAGAACAAGUCGGAGAAGAACCUGAAAAAGUACAGCCAGAUUGAGGAGUUUGCCAAGACCCAGAACGUCGUCUUCUAUCCUGCAGGGCGCGGCAUUGGACAUCAAAUCAUGGUCGAGGAGGGCUACGCCUGGCCGGGCACCCUCGCCGUGGCUUCUGAUAGCCAUUCUAACAUGUAUGGCGGUAUUGGGUGUCUGGGUACUCCGGUAGUGCGAACUGAUGCGGCGAGCAUCUGGGCAACGGGCAAGACGUGGUGGCAGAUUCCCCCCGUCGCAAAGGUCACGCUCAAUGGCAAGUUGCCCCAGGGCGUCACUGGCAAGGACGUCAUUGUUGCGCUGGCUGGGCUCUUCAACAAGGACGAGGUGCUCAACCACGCAAUUGAAUUCACAGGCACCGACGAGACUCUUGGCAGCAUCCCCAUCGACGACCGCCUAACCAUUGCCAACAUGACGACUGAAUGGGGUGCUCUGACUGGACUUUUCCCCAUCGACGCCACGCUCCACGGCUGGCUCCGCGCCAGGGCUACACUAGCAGCCAUGGGCGAAGGCCAGGCCAAGGACCACCACCGGCAACAGUUUAUUCACGAGCGCAUUGACAAACUGUUUACUGCUACAGGUAUCGUUGGUGAGCAGAUGGGCCACAUCUUCAAGCCUGCGCUCGCUGCGGACAAGGGUGCCGUAUACGCCAAAGAGCUUUUCCUCGAUCUUUCUACUCUGUCGCCAUACGUCUCCGGCCCCAAUUCCGUCAAGGUUGCCGCUCCUUUGCUUGAGCUGCAGAGCCAGAAUAUCCCCAUCAACAAAGCCUACCUUGUAUCGUGCACAAAUUCCCGUGCCUCUGACCUCGCAGCCGCCGCCAAUGUGUUCAAGGAUGCUGCAGUGAAGAACAACGGCAAGAUCCCCAAGAUUCCCGACCACGUCAACUUCUACAUCGCUGCGGCAUCUAUUCCAGAGCAAAAGGCUGCAGAGGAGGCGGGCGAUUGGCAGGCUCUUCUAGAAGCAGGUGCUCAGCCGCUUCCCUCUGGUUGCGGGCCUUGCAUUGGCCUCGGUACUGGUCUUCUUGAGCCUGGCGAGGUCGGCAUCAGUGCAAGCAACCGCAACUUCAAGGGCCGCAUGGGCUCUCCCGAUGCCAAGGCUUACCUUGCCAGUCCCGAAGUCGUUGCAGCAAGUGCACUGUCUGGAAAGAUUUCUGGUCCCGGGUGGUACGAGGCUCCCGAAGGCUACGAGGGCGUCCGACGCGGAGAAGGCGAUGGCAUUCCCGCCGAAGAGCGCAUGAUGACCAUUGAGGACAUGCUUGAGAAGGCAAUCAAAGAUGCAGAGGCCGCCAUCGACACCUUCAGCACCGCUGAGUCGGAAGGGCAGUCUGUCAAUCCACCUGCAGCGGCAGGCUCAGAGGCCGAGACUUUGACCGAGAUCCUGCCGGGCUUUCCCGAGAAGAUUAGCGGCGAGAUUGUCUUCUGUGAUGCCGACAACAUCAACACGGAUGGCAUCUACCCUGGCAAAUACACAUACCAAGACGACGUAACGCGCGAGAAGAUGGCAGAGGUAUGCAUGGAGAACUACGACCCCAGCUUUGGCCAAGUCGCCAAGGCCGGCGAUGUCCUCGUGUCGGGCUUCAACUUUGGCUGUGGUAGCAGUCGUGAACAAGCCGCGACUGCCAUCCUGGCCAAGGGCAUCCCUCUGGUUGUUGCUGGGAGCUUUGGCAACAUCUUCAGCAGGAACAGUAUUAACAAUGCUUUGAUGGGCGUCGAGGUGCCCAAGCUAGCCAAUCGUCUCCGCGAGGUUUUCUCGUCAAAGGAUGCGUCUUCGUCGCAACAAACCAUGAAGGAGCCUUCAAACAAUAGCGAAUCGCUCGACUCGCCACCACCAGCGGCUGCUGCUCAGCCCAGCCAGGCUAAGCAGAUGACACGCCGCACAGGAUGGACCCUGGAAUGGGACGUCCGAAGAAGCACUGUUUCUGUCCAGGAGGGACCAAACGGCCCCAAGUGGAGCGUCAAGGUCGGUGAACUGCCACCCAACGUCCAAGAAAUCAUUGCUCUUGGUGGUCUGGAGAACUGGGUUAAGAAGGAAAUUGGCAGUCCUCCAUCGUAA